AGGUGAUCUGAGCAAGUUCGAGGCGCAGAGUGGUGUCCCGCUCCGAUUUCCGACCGGAACGGCAGGAGGGGACCGGGGGAGCAGCCGGGAUCGUUACCGGGCGGACCGGAAGCAGCUGGACUGGCCGAGAUGGCCCUGAGCAUCCGCACGGAUCUCGGAGACAUCAAGAUGGAGCUGUUCUGUGAGCGGGCGCCCCACACCUGCGAGAACUUCCUGGCCUUGUGUGCCAGUGAUUACUACAAUGGGUGCAUUUUUCAUCGCAAUAUCAAAGGCUUUAUCGUGCAGACCGGAGACCCCACAGGCACAGGCAAAGGAGGAUCCAGCAUCUGGGGCAGGAAGUUUGAAGAUGAGAUCAGUGAACACCUCAAGCACAAUGUUCGAGGAGUGGUUUCCAUGGCCAACAAUGGUCCCAACACCAAUGCCUCUCAGUUUUUCUUCACAUAUGGGAAACAGCCUCAUCUGGACAUGAAGUACACGGUGUUUGGCAAGGUGAUCGACGGACUGGAAACGCUGGACGAGCUGGAGAAGCUUCCUGUAAAUGAGAAGACGUUUCGUCCUCUUACUGACGUACGCAUCAAAGACAUUGUUAUUCACGCCAACCCUCUGGCAUUCUGAUCCAGCAGGCUGGAGCUGAGCAGGAUGGUGGGACUGCCUGAGGAGAGUGAACAUUGGGUCAAAGAUACUGGUGCCAACCAUGAUUCGCCAACAGACCUCCAUCCUCAAACAGAUUUGCCUGGACUGGGGUCAGUGAAGAUGCUGGGCAGUUGUAUCAAUCCUCUACCCUUAUCUCUACCUCUCUUGAUCUCCCUCUGUUCCUUCUCCCUUCUGUUCUCUCCCCUUUGUUACUCUUAUUUUUUUUCUCUCUGUCUUAUAGCCUUUCCCUCUUGACAUACCUGGGUGUAUUUGGAUUCACCCAGGUUCUGGGAAAGAAAAGCAGAGUUGAUCGUCUGGUCAAGCUGAAAGCAAAAUUCCAUUGGCAGCAAGAAGAGCGGGCAUUCUGUGCCAGCUGCUGACUGUGAGGUCUUCCCUCCUUAAGCUGGUUUUCAGUUUCAUCGUCAAGCAUUGGACACACGUGCUGCUCUGUGGGGCUGAAGUGAAAGUUACUAACAUGAAACGUGAGGCCUUCUCAUGGGUAUUGGUUGAGCUUUAAUAUGGCUUUGUGUUUUCCUGGAAUCCGGGAUCAUGACGUGAAGAUUCUAGGUGUGCCCGUGUCUGCCCUGCCUGCCUCUCCCUGUGCCAGCCCGCCCCUCCUCCCCACCUUACCACAAUACAGAGCAGGGUUUGAAAAGCCUCAGCGGAACAUCAACAUGUUAUGGCCCUUGUGUAAAAACAUUGAGCAUACACACAAAGUGCUUUUAAUUUUAAACACAGCAGCUGAUCUCAAAACUGCUAUCAGACAGGUUGUUUUAAUAUGUGAAUUGAAAUAAACUUGUUCCUGAACAGCU